AUGCCGUUAGUUUUUCUCGAACAGUUGCCGCUUCCUUCGCUUAAGUCAUACGUUGCCGUGAGUGUAUUGGUGUUUGUGUCCGCCAUUCUCUAUGCGUUGAAUGUGACUAUCGGUUCUGAAGAAAGCAAUGUCUCAGUAUACGAUUUCAUGUCUCAGGAUAACUUUUGCUUCUGGGUAAGUAGAUACUACGAUGGUUCAACACAGGAAUACUUCGUUACUGAAAAUGACCGGUGGUUUGAUUAUAUGCUAGCAUAUUCAUUUUCCUUUUCAGUCGAACUUGAAUAUGGCCUACUGUUGUUUAUUUUUGUUUGGGAAAAUCAUUCAGAGAGUCGUGUUCGGCGAUCUUCGAGCCAGUGAACUACAGGUGAGUCUAAAAGUUGGACAGUUUGUAGCAGCCUCUACACAAGCAUAUUUUCCAUGGUUUAAUUGGCUUCUAUUUAUUACAACGGAAAACAAUAAUUGAUGCAGUGGUGUUGAUCAUGCAAAUGAAUCAAAAAGCCAACGUAGCAUGUCAUUAUUGUUUUACAUUGUGUGCCAUCAUUUUGUCUUGUUACUCCUGUGGUGAAAUUUAAACUUAGGACCUUCAUUCACCAGUCAAGAUAUUUAAACCUAUUUGCCCAAAUUCGCCGUACAGUACAGACUCUUUUGGCUAGGAAACUGUCGGCCGCAUGAUUAUACGUUGUGUAAACUGCUAGUAUUUACACGUUGAUUCAUCAAUUUAUUACUCCUACUGUUUCUUGUCAUUGUAGGGUAUAAAAUAUUAAAAACUGUUAUUAAGCUUAUUGGACUUACACCAACAACAUCUCAUCAAACUUUUUAAGUAUUCAAAGUUGUGUUGGGUACUUCAAUUUCAAUCCUUGGGCGCUAUUUUUUUUCGUCUGUUUCCUGCUCAUUAUCGUUCAUUGGACAUCAGCUUAUUAUCAUUUUAAAGGAAAUUUUGUUAACAUGUGCAAAUCAUUUACUGCAAGAAUCUUAAAAAAAUCCCUACACAGAUGACAAUAUAUUUUUCAGUGAUAUUUGUUGAAAUGAGUUUCAACUAGAAGAGUACGGACCUGAGUUUUUUGAAGGGACACCGUCAACUAUGGGUCCGCACUGACCUGAAACACUACUUUUGCCAGUUUGAAAAGCGUUUACUUCAACCCAAAAUCAAAUCUACGCGUUGGAUACAUCUAGAAAUCCACUUCAAUCCUACCUGGUGUCUCAUUCGAUCCUCAAUCUUUUACUGAAAACCUCUCUUUGAGCAAACUUUUACUCAUCCCAUUACAUUAUUUUAUCAUAUUUGGUGAAAAGCAGUGUUCAAAGGAACAUAAACAGAACAGCAGAGAAACGCUUAGGCCCUGUGCAGGAGAAAUUGCCGUCGUUUACUAAAGUAACCUGAGAAAUGAAUCAGUAAGAUUGGCGAGCAAAUAAUCGUCAUAUAUUUUAUAUAGAUUAUUUGGAAAAUCGAUGGAAAAGGUUACAUAUAUUUGGAAAAACAAGCUGUCUCGACUUGAACCUUUGACAGUGAUUCAGACUUUGUGCAAUUUCUCACUUCUGCUGAUGUUCAAAUUCAGUAGUAUUCAUUGUUGUUUGGCUUUCCCUGGAAAAAUCCGUCUGUGAACUCUCAAUGGUAUAUAAAAAAAUAAGUGCUCUGAUAUGGCUUAGGGUCUAUAAUCACAAUUUCAGCUUGUAACUAGUUCAACUCUACAAGUUUGUUUAGGGUAUUCCGGAUACGCUUUUCACUUUCUGUUUCAUGCGCAUCUUUUUACAUGCAAAUCAUCUAAGAAAUGGUAUCUAAUGUGCAUGUGCAUCACCUGACUGUGUCCCUUUAAGGCCUAGUUUAGACUUAUAAUCGUACGUUAACUGCAAACAGAGCAUGUGAGUUGUUGGUAAUACACCUAUAUUGGCAGGUUAUUGUCUUGCAAGCAACUUGGUCCAGUUGUACGACUGAAUUCUCACCAAUGAAAUGCAGCUUCAGCUAUACAUAAUGUAUUAAAAUUAUCUCUUUGUCAUGGACAGCAUAGGGAACCCACACUCUUAUUUGUAAACUGCAAAUGGAAAUCAAAUGAGAGAUAACGUGUAGAUUACCUGUUCUGUUCUUGAAUCUGCUGGGGAGCAAAGUGAAAUGGAAGUUCUAUGCUGCAAAAAUGAUGUUUGUGUCGGCGCUUUGUCAGUAAAUUUCACAAAUGCUUUAUUUUAUGUUUUUAGUCUGGCAUUUCAUUUCAUUUCAUUUGCAUAAUUUUUUCAUAAUUUUCCCAUCAAAUCGAGCCAUUUGUGCUGGACUUUGAGGCAUGUCGGGCUUUUGUCCAGUACCUGUGGACACUGUUGUGCCUACCAACUAAUUUGCAUUUGAAAUUGGAAACCUCACCAGGGUGACAACUAGCACUUACACGACGGGUUAUGAUGGGGUGAGGAGCCUAGUUAACAGGUCAUUUUUCGCCCUUGCACCUGUCUUGUAAGAAAUUCAUUUUGUAUGUCUAUCAUGGUUGUAAGUAAAUACAAUAUGCAGUACUGCAUGAUUCAGUUUGUAAACAAGGAGAGUCCAUUACCCUUUAGUCUUCUUCUUAAUUGUAGUCAAAAGAAAUUUUGCAAAAAAGGGGGUAACUGUGGUCAUUGGUGUGCUAUUUAAAGUGAAUGUGAAGUGCGACCUGUUGCUUUGAAAAAAUCAUUUCCUUCAUGCAAGAUGUCACACCCCAUUUUCUUUGACACCAGUCAGUGGCAUGCUAUAUGAAUGUAGCUGUCAACCUCCCACGUCUUCAAAUAUUGAGAAUUGAUUGGGAGUGGCUGAUAGAUGACAUCAUAUAACGCACCGCACAUGAUGUCAUUUGUGCAAAAAAAACUCGUUGACUCCUACUGUCAUGAAUAUUUCUAAUGACGCAAAACGUGCAAAAAAGAUGUUGUUGGCCUUAGACUGGUCUUUUAACAUUAUUAAUUUUGAUCUGAUCGGUUUACUUCCCACCAAUCACAUUAUUGCUUAUAUUAUUACAAUGGCAUACUUGAGUUUAUGAGGGAAUGUUCGAUGCUAACAUUACAAGGCAAAAUAAUAUUUGAAAGUUCAUUAUUGGAAAGUCGAGUCUAUAAGAAAUGGUAAACUUUGUGAUUAUCCGGGAGAUUUCAUACAGUUACUCUAAUCUUGAGACUGGGAUAUUCGGUCUAAAAUCUCCUGGAUUUAAUCCAGGAGUUGUCAGCACUGCAUGAAGGUGAAGCAUAACUUGUUGCAUGAGAUAAAUAAGCGUCACCUUGGGCGUCAAAAAUUUUUCCUUGAUGCAAGAAAUUACGCUUUAUUUUCUUCGGCUAAACAGGCGACAUUCAAUUCUCACAUGACAUAGCAAGUGGAUUUGGAGGGUUGGAUUAUGGGUAUAUUUUUUUUUGGAGGGUUGGAUUUCAACUAACAUGGACUUCAAAAACUUUUUUGUUUUCAAAGAAAGUAGUGUCCGAUAGCUUGGGGCCAGUGGAUUUUGCUAUCAGGCUAGUGAAAUCUGUUUUAUAAUAUUAUUGCAGUGAUGUUUUUCAAAUAAACAAACAUUCACAAAAAGCUUUUGGGGCUAGUUGAAAAACUGUAAACAAGCUUCAGCUUGCCUUCCUUUGCACAAAGUGCUCUCCCUAGAAAGCUGUUUUUUAAUGUCAGCCUGUGGAUCUGCUCUGGUGGUUAACAAGGAGACUUAAGAGCUGUAAAGCUGUACCAGUGCUUACAAAUUAAGGACUAAAGCUAUCGGUCAGGCCCUACAUGUAGAUUAAGACAUCAACUUUUUCAUGUCUUUUUUUUGCAGCAAAUUCAAGACAGAUUCUGGAACUUUGUUUUCUACAAGUUCAUCUUUAUUUUUGGUGUGCUGAACAUUCAGAAAUUCAAUGAAGUCAUGUGGUGGACGGCUUGGUUUACAUUGUUGGGUUUCUUUCAUCUUUUUACGCAGCUUUGUAAGGACAGGUUUGAGUAUGUAAGUACCAUAAAUAAUUAUCUUAAGUAAUAUUCGUUAAAACUCUGAGGUCAUGGUUUAACCCUAUCAUCUCUGAGAGUACCCCUACAAACACAAGAUGAAAUACCAAACUUGAUUUUGCGUUAUUUGGAUGAAUACACAGUACCAUUCCUGUGAAAGUCACAAAACCAUGAAAGCCAGAAACAUUAAUUUUAUGGAAUGCUAUUGCAGGGUUUUCAAUUAGAGCCGGUGGCCGGCGAAAUUCUCUGGCUAUUUCACUUGAACUCGCCACCUACUUUUCUUUGGAAAUUACCCCAGUUUUUUUUUUUUGAGAAAUUGUAAAUGCCGAGACAAGGAAUGUGUUUGAAUAACUUGAAAAUAAUUAGUUCAAAGACAUCACGUCUUUACCACAUUCAAUGCAUGUAUAAGAAAUAUAAAAUGUAAAAAUAAAAAUGUUCUAGAAGUUUUAAAAUAAAAAAAUAGAGUAAUCAUGUGCUGUCACUGAAUAAUUUAGCCAAAAUUUAAUGGUGUCUGUGUUCUGUUCAAACACUCUAAUUUUUGCUCCAGAAUGCUGGAAAUGCAUUCUGUGCAUUCAAAUUUUUCCAGAAACUCAUGCUUGCAAAUCUUAUCAAAAACCCUGUAUUGUGUUGCAAUGAAACAGCAAAUAAGAGGCGAGAAGACUAAACCACAAAAAGGAAAGCCAACAAUUUUAGUCUGUGGUUUUGAGACUUGCUUGCAUGUCCUGAUCUUUGUUGUGAAUGGUCACUUCACAAUCAGCAUUCCUGAAAUUUCUCAGGUGUUCAUGGUUUUCUGCAUUUGACAGUAAAAAGCACUGCAAGUAAAAGUGAAAAAAAAAAGCACUGAAUUUGUCGAGGAAGGGGGAAUUGUUUUGAAGACAAAAACUUCAUGUUGGCUUAGGCAUGAUUAUUGAUACAAAAAAUUAUACAGAUCUAUCUCCGUGGGUGUUAUCUGCAUAACUUUUCGUAUCAUAUCUGGCUCAUCCAAUAAUGGCAGUGUUACUGUCUAAUAGUCCAGUUUGAAUCUGUCACGGCCUCUGAAUAGAAGCACCUGUUGUGCUAAAAUUUACGUGUACUGUACCAGUUGGACCCCUUCCACAUUUAUAAUACAAGAGCCUGGUUAGCCUAAAAAUUGAAACAAGUCCUUUUUUUAUUCCAAUUUUCUAAAGUCUAUAUAAAGAUAUUAGUGUACUCUGAAGGAGGAUUUCAAAAUUCACAUGAUCAGUGCUUCACAUUAUUUUUCUAAUUACAUGUAUUGUCAUUUGUAUAUAAAUACCUACUUGGUUUGCAGAUUUUUUGCAAGGAAUACAUGAUUAUUCAAAGUAGACAGACUGCAAAUUAUUAUAGUAGUUGCUAAAAAACUUAAUAUAUAAUUAUAGGCUGGAUAAUUUUUGUCUUCAGAAAAUAAGAACCUACAUGUACAUGUUGAGAACCUAAAUACAAUGUAGCCUAAAUUUAUGCUAAUAUUACCAUGUACAGUGUACAGUUGUAAGAACCUAUUGUACGUCUUACUUUGGAGCACAACUGUAGUACAGGUACUGUAUCGUGUGAAAGUAAUGCUGGAGAGGAUUGUGUGUUGUAAUGGCCACACAUAUUCUUACGUUACAUGUAGAACAAGUUAAAACAAUGUAAUAAAUAUAAAUAGUACCAUGAAAAUGCACUGCUAAUGAGGUUUCAUUUAAGUGGUCACACCACAUGAUUUGAUCAACUCAAACAUUAGAACCAAUUUAUACAGCAUAAUAAAUAGUCCUGUCCACGUUAAAACAGUACUGGAGAGAAAUUAGUUAGAACUUGUACCAGUCACUGUAUUAUUGAAAUUUUAUACUACUUUGUCUGAGGUACGAGAACAAUGAUCUGGGAGGGUUGCUGCAAAUUUGGGGGUAUGCUGUGACCUUGUCGUUCUCAAACUUUGCACAUGUCCUUGUUGCUGUGGUUGUUGUUUUAAGAAGUAUUGAGGAACAUUUCACUCCAGUGUUGGUGAUAAUUUUUCUUCCAACUAUAUGCAGUUUUUGUACACUGUAGAGUACAGUAUAUUUAUUACAAGUGAUCUUGCUUUUUCAGUUGUCAUUUUCACCAACCACGUCACCUUGGUCUCAUGCAAAAGUGAUUGGAUUACUCAAUGUUCUGGUUUUAUGCUGCAAUGGCCUCUUUUUCAUCUGCCUUUUUAUUGGCUGGCCAGAUGGCAUUCAUACGUUUACAUUCAUGUUAGCAGAGGUAAAAUAAUAAUAUUAUGUUAUUAUUACAAUAACAAGACAGUACAUGUACAUGUAUUUUUUUUUCUUUUUUUACAUUCCAACAGCAACUGUUGGAAUUGGAAAGAGAGGAAUUUGUUCAGACAGGUCAGACUUGAAUACAUGCCGACCUGUGCAAACAGACACAACAUUGUUAGCCAACAACUCCCAACAUUUGAUUACAAUUAAAAUUUGUCUUUGUGUUCUUAGCGCUAAAAUGUUUGAAAAUCCAGACAUUUCGGGACUACUGUCCCUUCAUCAGUGGAAGAUGCCGUUACACUGAGCACGCGCCAUUUAAUUCCAAUGUGGCAACAUUGUUGGAUGUCACAUGUUGCAUCAGUUUGCACACCCUCACAAGGCCGUGCUCUAAGAAAAAUUGAAGGAAUCCCAGUGCUCUGAACCUGUAAAAUCCAGGGUGCCCAGUGAGUGUAGCAUAAUUAUGAAGAAAGCAAGAUUUUCUGGUCUCUCAGGAGCGAAAGUUUAAGGUGCCGUGGGCCACCACCCAGGAACUGCUAGAGCACAGCCUUGUCCUGUUGCAUGUUGUUGCAUAUUGUUGGGAGUUGUUGCGCAAAGUUUCAAACCUGUAAAACCUUUGAGCCAACAGCGCCCAAGAUUUUCUUUUGUUCCAUGGUCGCCAAAGCAUAGCACAGUGUUCCUGCAUCACACAUAAUUACCUUGGAGACUGUAAGCAAAGCAGUGACUUUGCAUGAUGGACCACACAUGAUGGGCUAACAUUGCUGGGAGUUGUUGCAUCCAUUUGCACAUCACUGCCAACAUGGCCCAACAAUGUUGGGAGGUGUUGUGUCUGUUUGCGCGUGGCUUAAGAUUUACAGCCUUUUCUUUCAAAAGGGAUCAGAGAAUUUACUUAAUCUGUCUUUAUUGUACCAAACAAAAUACAAUAUUAUUGCAUUUUGCAAGGCUAAACAUUAUGACUUACUAGUACCAGUUUCUUCCCCUGGGACCUUUCACUAACUUGUUCUCUUGCCCUUGUAGUAAGUAAUUAAUAAAUGUGAUAACUAAACAUUCCUUGGAAACACUUGUGAUUUUUAACUUUGGUGUUUAUUUUCUUGUAGUGUAUGCUGUUACUCAUCAAAGUGAUCCAUGCUUUGAUAAGGUACGCACAAGUACAUCAUGAAUGCAUAAAUGAGGAUUGAGGGAAUUUGGUUUAGUUAACCCUUUAAGUCCCAAUAGUGACUAACAUCAAUUUUCUCCUAACGAUAUCCAUACAAUGUCAAGAGAUUUGGUUAUGAGAAUUAAUAAAAUGAUCACCUAAGGGAAAAUGCCUUGAUCUUUCAUCAAAUUCUCUCAACUUAUUCUUGAAGGAAAUGUAUAGAGAUCAGUUUGGAGAAUUUGUAUGUGGAUAUUGGGGCUUAAAGGAUUAAGUACUAUAAUCGCUUGCCUCUUUUAGUCCCUUGAAAUUUAAAGGUAGAAAGAUGUAGAUCUUGAUGCUCAGGCAAUGAGGUCAAAUUGUUGUGAUAAAUAUGAACUAUUCUCCUAUUGUUUUGCUUAACUUUUGGCAUCCAUGCUUCAUGAUUUUCUAAUUCAGUUAUCCUUGUUGGUGUUAGUCUUGCGCGGAUAGCUUCUUAACCCUACGUGAGUCUUGGCUCCUUGGAAAGGUGGAUAUGGCUAUACACUGGAUUAAUCUCUAUCCAUUAGAUUGUAAACAUUGAUUUCCUUAUUGCUCAUCCGCUGGAUAGUGAUUUAUCUGUUAAAUGAAUAGCACUAUCCAAUAUUUGAACAACCAGUUGGUCCAUUCCAUUUAUUUUACCCAGUUCUUAAUGGGACAAUGGCUGAUCUAGUGGAUGUGUUCAGAAGCAGUGUAAUAUCUUAGUGUGCAUUAAUUAUUGGUUUGAGAUCUGAUUAGUUCACUGGAUUUUGGAUGCAUCUCAUGGACAUUACAGCUUAGAAUACUUGAGUUGUAGUUUUGCAGCACUCUGUUAAUAUCAAUGUUCCCAAUUCAUUACAUUAUUUAGAUAUGGAAUCCAUCUGUGGGACAUUGAACACACCACAAUGUGGGAAGGAAGAAGCACUUGGAGUUACAACACGGAUCUGAUUUUGGAUUUAGCAAUGUACACAGUGGAUUUUGCACAUCACUUACACAUGCUGGUGAGUGUAAUAAUUAAAUUAUCUUCUAACAACAAUAAUGUACAGCAGAGGUAUCAAAAAUUGCCUGAUACAGUAUAGGCCAUGGACAUGUUGAAGUAUUUCAUGCAUGCGCGUUUCAUUGCACAUGUAAAUCUGCCCUAAAUUAAGGCAUGCAAUAAUAUUACAGGAAAAAAAACCAUUUAAGACAGGUAUACAUUAAAAAUACAUGAAUAAUAAAACAUGAGGAAAUUCAAGCAGAUUAUCAUGAACUGUGUGUAUAAUGAUUAUUGUGCACUGCUUGUAGAUUGCAUGUACUGAAUACAUUGUUUUCAUUAUUGGCAGCUGUUAAGCAAUGAACUUAUUUUUUUAAAAAAGGUGUAGUAUGAAAGGGGUAAAUUUUGCUAGAUUGUAUAAAAUAUGUUCUAGGUUUGUGGUGUAUCUUACAACUGAGUACCUGUCUUACAGCACUGGCUGUCCAUGGUGUUGUUUGUUAUCACUCUUUAAGCUGAUAAUAACCUCAAGGAAAAGCUAUGGAUAUGUACAAUUCACUAUAGUUGUUACAUGCUCUUUUUUCUGAGCUUUGUUAAUUAUUACUUGCAUCAAACAGAAGUGAGCAAAUAACAUUAAAGCUUUGAGUGUUAAUGAAGUAAACAAAAGGAUGUCUCGUGUUUUCUUAUCAAGGUUAACUCAACAUUCAUCACCCUGUUUCCUUUGAAAAACAUUAUGUAUAAUUAUAAUGGAGCCCACUACCACGAUUUUUUUUCAAAGGACAUGCUUUACAAAAUGAAACCCUUUGUUCAAAAAAAGCCUCCCCAUUCUAAAGACUUUUGUCUUUAAUAUCCUGUACAAAUGCAAACAGUAAAUAAAUGAGUUAAAUCGGAAGCUUUUGUUGUUUGCAAAGUGAACUAGGCACGAAGGCUUUAAGCAGAAAGAUGAGAUCUAUACAUUUUGGAUAACCUGAGAUCAGGGUAUACUAAUUUACAUUCUCGUUUAUUAUCGUGUUUUGAUUUAUUGAACCAAACGAUUUCACGAGUUUUUUGCCCGUUUGAAAUUAUUUUGAAACAAAAAUUUGUUAAAGAGAAUGUUACGCUUUGUUAGUGAUUUGGUCAGGUUUCAACCAAAGAACCACUAAAAUGUGGGCCUGAUUGCAUGUAACUUACAAAAUGGGCCUCUAUUAAUUUUGGAUUAAAGUCUGCCUUUCCGAGCAAAAGACGUUUAGAUGUAAUGCCCUGUUGUGUUAAACAAUGGAUCUAUACAUUUUACCCAUUACAUUGAUGGUUAAUGAACCUUUUAAAAAUCCAUUUCAGCUGUGGUCAAAUAUCUUCUUAAGCAUGGCCAGUUUAGUUCUGUGUAUGCAGCUUCGGCAUCUUUUCUAUGAAAUUAAGAAAAAGCUGGCCAAGCACAGGAACUACAUCAGAAUUAUCAAGUGCAUGGAAGCAAGGUAAAUAGAAUAAAAUUAGAAUACUCAAGAUUUUUCAUAAAGGCAGGGUGUUCUGUGUCAUAUGGUCUGUAACAAGCUCCUACAUUUGUCACUUCCAUACAUCCACUAAAUAGAGGACACUCUUCCUACAUGUGUAUGUUUUCCACUGGAGAUGGGACGGCCAUUUUAGCAAUUGCAGGGCAAAACCAAGGUACAAUGUAGUACCAUCAUUAUGAAAUUGUGUAUAUAAAAUGUUAGUCUAGAAUUCUCAAGCUGUAUACUUUCUAUUUGGAUUGCUUUCUGGCGAUUGCACUGUCAUAUGUAGGUUGUGUUAUUACAGACCUUGAAAAACACAUUCACAUGAAUUUUGUAUUACGUUUUUUAAAAUAAAUUCAUGGUCAAUGUUAAAUCACCAGAUUUCCUUUGGCUACUGAGGAAGAGCUGAUCAAGAAUAAUGAUGACUGUGCAAUUUGCUGGGACUCAAUGGCAGCUGCAAGAAAGUUACCUUGUGGUCAUCUCUUUCAUAAGUAUGGCUUCUUUUUUGCGUUAUACCUUUAUUGCAGCGUAAAGCCAGCUAAAAAUAACAGGCCCAUGACACUUACACAAAGUUAUGUAGAGAGGGGGUUCCUCUCUAUUUGACACUUGUAUGGAUAUGUACAUUUUGCAAAUUAUUUUGUAGGUAGUGUUUGAUUUGGUCCAUUCAUACUUCUACUUACACUGUAUUUAAACUCAUCAUCAAUAGAUGAGCUUGGGAACUGGUGCCGUAAAGGUUGGACGGGAACCUGAGCACCUCAAGCAUAGCAAGGAGGUAUCCACGGCAACCCUGCAAGCAGGAACCACUGCUGCAUGCAGCUGCCAACUGGCAUGGUCAUACUGAAGGAAUUCACUGGAAAAUACUCACCUGACCCCAUACUUACCAACACACAAACCCCCCAGAAAAGGGAGGGAAGGGCUGGGAGCCAGAAUCCGCAAAGAUUCUCUUUAACACAACAGAUCUGCAAAGAUCAGCUCAAAAUGCCAGCGUGAGAUGCAAUGUAAGUCACAGGAUAAACAAAGGGCCCUGUGGUCACCCCACAGAUCACAUGCGCCUGAGGAGGAGACUGCUGACUGCAUUGGCUUGCAAUUUAACUUUGCAUAAGUUGCAUUUAGACAUAUUUAUCUUCAUAAAAAUUGAUUUAAUUCUGGGCAGCAAAUUAAAUAGUUGAUAUCACAGAGUCUGUAGAUACAGAGUAUUGGUUUAGUUGUUGUAACUGUGGGCAUUUCUUUGAGAUUUACCUUGCCUUUUUUUUUAUGAUGCAGUUCUUGCCUGAGAUCUUGGUUGGAAAAUGACACAUCCUGUCCGACUUGCCGUCAGUCAUUAGCUAGUGAUCUGCAACCAGAACAGGAAGAGCAGAGACAACCAAGAGGAAUGGCUGCCUUCAUGAUGGGACGCGGCCUCAGACGAAACCACUUUUUCCACUUUGAUGGUACAGAUUUGGAUCAUAUUAAUUUUAUUCAUAAAUAGAUAAUUUAUUUGUUCGAAACCAUUUUUCCUCUGAAAUAGCUAAGAGUAAUUGUGUUAAGUUAAAGAAAUAUGUGUCAAAGAUUCCUUGUUUAGAUGAUCAUGCGGGAGGAUCUUAUCAGGUAGAAAAAUAGAUCAGUUUGGAGACCACUUGUUCUCCUGGGAUGUAACAUACACCAAACCUUGGUCAUAUAAAUCAAGACAACAUAACGACUUUCUGCCAUCAUAUGUAUUUCAUUAUGGCUGAUAUUCUCUAACCUGUACAUGUAUAAUUUAUCUAAUGUUUUAUGAUUUUCAAGUAUUAUUAUUGCUUACAAUGAACCAGUAUACUGAAGUUAGGAAAAAAAAUCCUUUUAAAACUGCUGGACACAAAAAAAGUAUAGCGGGAUAAUAAUCUUUUUACAUUCAUGUGUUGUAGUUCAAUUUUUUCCUUGGUUUAAAUUUUAUUUUCCUUUGUUUUAAAGUCAUUAUCAUACAUUACCAUACCAAAAAAACAAAGGAAAGUAAAAUUUAAACCAAGGAUUAAAUUGAACCACAACAUGUGUGUGACUUCCUGUGCAUUCAAAAUUAAAGUUAUCAACCUUACUAAGUAUCCUAAUGCAACUUGUGUGUUGAAAAUGUUUUAUCAACACUGGUUUCUUUUGACUGAAACAAAUGAAACUAAAUUCUUCAUGAGAAGUGCCUCACACCUAUCAUAACUUUUCUUUAAAAGGUUCUCAAAUUGCCAGCUGGUUCCCAAGCUUUUCUGUGGAAGUGAUGCAUACAAGAGUCAAUAACUUAAUGGAAGGACAACUACCUGAAAGUCGCAUCGAAGCUAUGGUGAGAAUAGAACGUUCAUCUAAACUGUCAGGAUCUAAAAGUGAAGUUUUUUUGGUGCUAAGAGUCCUUUUAUCCAGACCUUUUUUGUGUUUGUCUGUUUGUUUGUUUGUUUGUUUGUUUGUCUGUUUUGUUUUAAUUUAUUUUUAUUAUUAGCUGAGAGUCACAUGUCAUACAUGAACUGAACCUUGACGCUUAGUUUCUUAUGAGUUCCAUGGGGGGGAUCUGCUAAUUCUAAAAGAGGGCAGUGAGAGACUAGAGAGCAAGUUCAUAUAGUAACUAUGCACACGUAUUUAUUGGUUAUAACACUAUAAGAGCAUCCCAUUCCAACAUUAAGGCUCUAGAAGACAGAUUUUACUAAGAGUUAUUUAAAAUCGUCCCUCAGUUUUAGGGGGGGUCCCCCCCCCCCCCGUUCCUUGGUCCCACUGUAAUCGGUUUGGAGCUCAGAGGUUCAAGGAUCCAGCCAGCAUUCUGGGAAGCCUUAGAUCGCUAUUCCUUUUACUGUAUUCAGGUGCUUCUCAAUCUGUCUCAGGUUUGUGCAAUUGUAAAUCUAACGUUUUCUUAAUUUAUUUCUGUUGUAUACACUUUAGGCACAUCAAGUUCAAGCGAUGUUUCCACACAUGCCAUUCAACAUUAUCAUGGAUGAUCUGAGACACACCCAUUCUCUGGAAGUCACAAUUGAGAAUGUUCUGGAAGGAAACAUUGCUGUUCCAUCUGUACGUGUUUAUGUGAAUACAGCUUUCUUUCUGUGGUUAAAUCUCCAUUUGUUCGAGUUUUAUGCGACAGGGCCCCUUUUGUUUUAUAAAGGACUUUAGAUAAAAUGGUAACUUCACCCACAGACUCAAAAUUUGGAACAACCUUAUAAGACUUCUUCAAAAACUCACUAAACAAAAGAAAGUAAUGUUUAAUGAGUGUCUUUAUAUCUGAUAAAUACACGGCUAAACUUUGCGUUCAAUUUUGUAGACCAAAGUAACCCAAAAUCUGAACAUUAAUGCAAGAAUGAGUUGAUCUACAGUGUAUAUCAGAGAUUUUGAAGCAAUUCAAGAACCUUGCAAUUGUGUAUUAUCGGUUGGAAAAACUCUCGGCUUCGUCUCGAGUUUUUAAACCUGAUAAUAGUACUCCUGCUCGUUUUUUAAAUAGUACAUAAUUGGAGAGGGAGAAGUCGCUUCGUCACCUACCAUGGUAGUAAAAUUUCUGGAUGACAACAAACUAAAAACGUCACUUAAAAAGUGUAUUCACGCUGUUUCAAAAUUCAUUGAUCUUAUUCAAUUUCAUUUAUUUUGUCAAUUGUUGGCGAAAUUUUCUGAGGUUGAAUCUGAAAGAACCGUAUCUAAGUUUAGAAUAAGAAAAAGAAAAUUUCGUGUUGUGUUCAUCUACUCCAUAACGCGGGCGCUUGAAAUUAGAAGUUUCAUGUCGCAGUCGUGCAACGACGGCUAAGAAAUGUACAAAAAAGCGUGAUGCACGUGCAAAAUUAGUUUUGCUAAUCUAAACCUACUGCUUUUUUACCAGUCUCGUUGCCUUCACCAUCCUCGUUGCUUAAGCUCCCUAUUGUUGUGAUCUAGAAAUUUUGGUACCAUGGUAACGUGACGUCAUACUAUUCCUCUCUAUUGACUCAGGGAGUGAAAAUGAUAUGCUAACCCCCUCAGUCUCAAGACUGUCUAACAUCGAUUUUCUUUUAACGGUAUCAAUAUAUAAUCAAAAGAAAAGGUGAGAAGAAUUAAUAAAAUGAUCUCAAGGGGGAAAUGAGUUGAUUUUUAAUCAAAUUUUCUCAGGUAAUUCUUUGACGAAAUGUAGGGAGAUCUGAAUGGAGAAUUUGUUUAAUGUAUGUGGAUGUUGGGUCUUAAAGGCUGAUUUCUUCUUUACGCAGGUGUGGACUCCACCUGACGAUCAGCGGACAGUGGAAGAUUCUGAAUUACUACAGAUUGCACAGCCAAGUAUGACAAAGAUCUUACCAUAUUAGCUUGAUUCUUAUUUGUGUAAGGCACACCUUGCCAAAUUAAGCGUUAUUCAAAAGUUGUUUACGUUUAGACGAAUGAAGACAAGAGCAAUUGGCAAUGUGUAUAACAACAAGCCUUAUGACCAGAAUGACAGCAAAAAUGGUUCGGGUGACAGUGAUUUUAUUUUUGUAUUUGUGAAAAAAGGAAAGAACAGUCAUCUAACACAACGUGGUGUACACGCACAGCGUAGUUGGGGCAGAUACAUUUUGAGUGGACCAAGAACUAAUCUUUUUUAGAUCCUUUUAUGUUUUUUACGUGGACUCUGAUGCUGAUUCAGAUCACUUUAACUUACUUUUCAGGUUCAACCGCUUCAUCAGAUAACCUUGAUGACACUGGAAGCUUGUCCGCAGAGGAAGAAGAUGUUAGUAGUUCAAACACAGAGAAAGCCAUUGAUGAAGAGCUGCCCGUGAUGGAAGAGAGACAGCAGUCGUCUUCAGUCGAGGAGGCGGAGGUGAAAGAAGAAAGCAGCCCACUCACUCAGGAAAUAAGAACAGCAGGGAGUGGAUACACAGCUGCUGCUGCAUCAUCUUCAGCCGAGUUCUCUUUACAGCCUUCUGUUAGGCAUACUAUGCUGCUAAAGAGGAAGGAAGCAAUGUUACAGCAAGCAAGGAGGUAA